ACAGACCUCUAUAGUGUCACCUGACCUCAGUUAUGUGACAGAUGCAGACAUGGCGGAAUUGGAUAGCUCAAAAUAUUUCAGUGGUUUAUUGAAUGGAAUUACACAGAACACAUAUUAUAACAACCCCGAAAUGACAGAGGAAUUGCUGAAAAAUGAACUAUAUCCCGAUAUAUCGCUCUGCUUGAGAAGGGGGGUUUUGAAGUCCAUCGCUUCAGCGGACAUGAAUUUCAAUCAGUUAGAAGCUUUCCUGAUAGCCCAGACCAAGAAGCAGGGAGGGGUGAGCGCUGAGCAGACGGCUGUCCUCUCCAAGUUCUGGAAGAACCACAAGAGCAAGAUCCAGGAGAGCCUCAUCAGCCAGAGCCGCUGCUGGGACAACAGCCUGCGCAACGUGAGCUGGAGAGUGGACCUGAAAACACAGAGUCGCCACGCCGACCAGGUCAACGCCUCCGUCAUGUGGUGGAACUGGAGCCUGGGAAGACUGGAAAGGAAUCACAGUUUGUCUGCUGGGAGUUUGACAAAGCCAAGGGUUUGGUUGCUAGGUUUCAAGGAUUUUGAAGAAAUGCAGGUAUUCGACACUAUUGGAAAUAAUUCACAGACAUGAAAACACAUUAGAUUCAACAAGCGGUGAAAGGAAAAAUGAUGACGUUUUCAGUGUCAGCAGUCUCUGGCACUACCUGCAGCUUUGGAAUAUCUAUCAGGUUAGACGGUAUCAAAGGAUUAAUACCCAUGAGGUAAUGGUUACAUUUCGUACUUGAAAGGGAACUACACCUAGUAAUACAUUAACAUACAUUACUAAAAAAGCAGGUUCAUUUUACAAAAAAGGGAAUACUUCAUAUGAUUUAAAUGAGUCACCAUAGAAGUUCUGAAAUGUACUGCCUAUAGGCCACUGUCAGCCUUGUGUAGAAUGGGUGGUAACCAUAACGCUGUUUCUUUGUUCAAUUAAGAACAUAAGAAGAAGAACAUAAGAAAGUUUACAAACGAGAGGAGGCCAAUAAUACUGUGAUUAAUGACAAUAACAAGUGUCAUUAUAAAUGGUGUAAAGCUGAGGUCCCCAAUCCUGGUACUGGAGGAACUGCAGUGUCUGCAGGUUUUCGUUUCAUUUGAGCAGUGAACUAAUUCAACUAAUUAUUAUCUUAAUAGUACCAAUUUAACUGCCCAGUUCUGAGUGUUAGAUUGUAGUACACUGGAUUGGGGUCCUCUGGUUUAAAAUGUUAUGUACUGGGUCAGAGUUAUGUUAACUUUCUUAGAGCACUGUGGAUUCUCAAACUGUUAUUCAUGGUUUUGAUGUAAGUACACUAUUUAAAUUUACAAGACAACACUGGAAAGCUAACUUUUUUUUGAGCAACAUUAUUUUGUUUAUCCUUCAUUAAAUCCUGAUGCAUUACCAUAUAAGGCUGCCAAUUACUUUUUGUGACACCCAAUACGUUAUUCCUGGACAACUACAAUGAAAAUUAUUUUGUAGUUAUAUAUUGAAAACUGUCUUGUUAUUUUAAAUGGGAGUUAUACUUCAUCCAGUCUUCAAAAGUUAAUUUCUUAAUUGUGUCAUUAAAACACAUUCUAAACAAUAGAUUACAUUGUGUUUUGUAUAUCUGUGUUGUGUUUUUUUUUUUUUUUUUAAAGCAUCCAUGAGUGUAAUACACAUUUGGUAUUUUCAAUGCCUACAAUACUAUUAUGGGUACUAUAACAACAAUAAUAAAAACAUAAAAUAUACAGUAGGGGGUUCCAAACCAGGUCUUAAUAACCUCAUGGUCUUUAUGGUCUUUUUUUUCCAAACAAGCUUUAAUUUUGACCAAUUACUUUCUUAAUUUUUUAAAACUGGGAUCCCCGGUCCUGGUCCUGGAGGGCCGCACUCCGGCAGGUUUUCCAGGAUCCCCGGUCCUGGUCCUGGAGGGCCGCACUCCGGCAGGUUUUCCAGGAUCCCUGGUCCUGGUCCUGGAGGGCCGCACUCCGGCAGGUUUUCCAGGAUCCCUGGUCCUGGUCCUGGAGGGCCGCACUCCGGCAGGUUUUCCAGGAUCCCCGGUCCUGGUCCUGGAGGGCCGCACUCCGGCAGGUUUUCCAGGAUCCCCGGUCCUGGUCCUGGAGGGCCGCACUCCGGCAGGUUUUCCAGGAUCCCCGGUCCUGGUCCUGGAGGGCCGCACUCCGGCAGGUUUUCCAGGAUCCCUGGUCCUGGUCCUGGAGGGCCGCACUCCGGCAGGUUUUCCAGGAUCCCUGGUCCUGGUCCUGGAGGGCCGCACUCCGGCAGGUUUUCCAGGAUCCCCGGUCCUGGUCCUGGAGGGCCGCACUCCGGCAGGUUUUUCAGCUCUUUAAAUCAAUAACACUCUCAGAACUGGGAAGUGUAGUUUAAAUUGGUUCCAGUAAGACAAUAAUUAGUUGAAUUGUUAUUAUAGUUGAAUAUUAUUUUAGGAUUAGGAAAAUUAGCAAUGUGGCCAUCAGUAAGUGUUCAGUCACAGGAAAUUGCUGAAGAAACCGAGCCUGUCAAAGAUUUUUUAUUUGGGCUUAAAAAAACCUGUUUGGCAACAGUAAGAAAUGCACCUGCAGCAUGUCUCCCAAAGAUGGAAUGAUGGAUAUGCACUGAAGUUUAUUUCCCCCUCUGUUUACUGUCACGCCAUGUAUUUAAUUUAGAAACUUUUCAUUUACAUUUAAACACAUUGGAGCUAGAACAUGCAUAUUUAGACACCAUGCUACACUUUUAAUCAGGCGCUUAGUAAGAUGCUUAUACAACAUAAGUGCUUUCGUUAGUUAACUUGAAUGCUUGCAGCGCAGUAAUUGUCAGAACAUUUUCUAGUUUUAAUAAAAUUAAAAAGAAUAACAUGCUGUUUUAAUAGUAUUACAGUGAUCCCUGGUCCUGGCUUAAUAUUUUAUUAUUAAUGGCGAUCAAACAGUGUAUCAUAUUAAGUAGUUAUUUCUGAGAUUAGUUGAUUGGUGCAAGUGCAGUGUUGCAACGUUUUGUUACUGUAUGUAAAGUGUGAUUGGAUAGUCAGAUUUUCAUGACCAUUUAAACAUGGCAAUGUUAGAGAAUGAAAGUUUACAUUUCAGAAAGAUUUUGCCAAAAGUUCAUAGCAAAUGCAUUCCAAAUAUCAAUAAAUCAAAGUCUAGAAAACAGUAGCCCAGCAUUAUUUGAUGAAUAAAUAAAGAUAAACAAAGAAAAGUUCAAAGAAGAGUGACCGGAUUAAUUUGUGGUCUAAAAGAACGUCAUACCCAGCCAGAUAAAAAUAAAUAAAUAAAUAAAACUCAUAGGACAUUAUAUGGCAGUGGUGGGCAACCCUGGUCCUGGAGGGCCGCAGUGUCUUCUGGUUUUCAUUCCACCUUAGGUCUUAAUUACUUAAAUUAACCAAUUAUUUGAACAAAUUAAGUGUUGUUUCCAGGUUUUAAGCAGGUGGUGAUGCCUACAAAACCUACAGGACUGCAGUCCACCAGGACCAGGGUUGCCCACCACUGUUACAUGGGGACAUUACUCAGGCUUUUAAAACCCAAAAUGGUAUUGACAAAGUGAACCCCAAGGAUUACUUCAAAAUCAACAAUGUUCUGCAAAACUUAUUUUAUGCCCUAUACCAGGGGUAGGCAACCUUGGCACUUCCAUUCCAUUUAAUUUCAAGUCUUUGUUUCAACUUAGCCUUAAUUAUUGAAGUGAUCUUCAGCAGCAGGGUCAAUUAAGUA